CUGAUCACGUGAGGCCGUGCCAGGGAGGCUUCCGUUCCCAGCAUGCUACAGCGCGCCUGCGCAAUCGCCCUCUUUCCCUUUGGACGUGGUGAGGUCUGGAAAAAAGGACCCACCUGAACCAGCAUCAUGCCACCCAAGAAGGACACAAAAGGGGAUUCCAAAAAGGGACAAAAGGCCAAGGCUGGAAGUGGUGGGGGUAAGGCCAAGAAGAAGAAGUGGUCGAAAGGAAAGGUUCGUGACAAGCUCAACAACCUUGUCCUUUUCGACAAGGCCACAUACGACAAGCUUUACAAGGAGGUUCCCAGCUACAAACUCAUCACACCUUCAGUUGUAUCCGAGAGAUUGAAAAUCCGUGGGUCUCUGGCAAGGGCAGCUCUCAAGGAACUCCACAGCAAAGGUAUGAUCAAACUUGUUUCCAAGCAUUCUGCCCAGGUCAUCUACACGAGAGCGACCAAAGACACAGAUGAGUAAAAUUGUGCUGCGGAGGGGACAUUAGUAAAAUGUUCAAGAACCACAAUAAAGCUUGAUGUGAUCUUGACCCAAA